ACAUACAUAAAUCUAAUCUCUAUCAAAUCCCGGUUUACGUGGAACAUUACAAGGCGCAUGCGCGCCGUUUACACAUGCGCCAGAAACGUCACGACUAUUUUAGUAGGCAGCUCCCAUUCGGGUCGGCACAUCGCACCGCGCUUACAAAAACCUAACUCAAUCACCAAUCGUGCAAAUAAACCAAAAACAAAACAAUAAAUUCUAUUUAUAAAAACGGUAAAACAUGAAAGUAAUUAAUCAAGCGAUUAAAGAACCUUAUCUAUAUUAACAUAAGUGUUAAAAUGCGGCAAUGCGCCACAUCGAUCACAGUAUUCCCUGAUGCCAAAACUUUGUAGUGUCAAAUAUUUACAAUGGAGCCUCUUAUCGAUAGGAAUAACUUCGCCGUGAGUGCUAUGGUUACUGUCGCCAUGCAAGUCUUAUUCUUCACCAUCGCAUCGCUCUCACAAAGUGAUAAGGUGACAGAUUUUACAGGAGGAGCCAAUUUUAUCAUCAUUGCUUUAUUGACUUUCUUUCUGGGACAAGGGGGCAACACUUUGAAAAGCUAUGAUAGCAGACAACUCAUGGUCACGGCGUUCGUGUGUUUGUGGGGUGUAAGACUAUCCGGGUAUCUUAUAUACAGGAUCUACCACAUAGGGCGAGAUAAACAAUUCGAAGAUCGCAAGAGUAACACACUGAGGUUUGCCGUUUUCUAUACAUUUCAAGCUGUUUGGGUAUACAUAGUCAGUCUUCCAGUUAUUAUCAUAAAUUCUUCCCAUCAUUCGUAUCCAAAAGCUCCAAAAACUAUGACGACUUUGGAUUCAGCGGGAGCUGGGGUUUUUGUUUGUGGAUUAUUGAUUGAAACCUAUGCAGAUUUACAGAAAUUCGCGUUUAGGCAGGAACCUGCCAAUCAAGGAAAAUGGUGCAACGAUGGACUCUGGGGUUUGUCUCGACACCCGAAUUAUUUCGGCGAAGUGGUUUUGUGGUGGGGUAUAUUUAUAAUAUCGCUCAACAUUAUUGAAGGUAUCGAAUUCAUUGCAAUAUUAUCACCACUGUUCACGACUGCCAUUAUUUUAUUCUUAUCAGGAAUACCGCUCCUCGAACGAUCCGCGGACGAAAAGUACAGAGAUAACCCAGAUUAUUUAUAUUACAAGUCGUCUACGUCCCCUUUUAUACCGAUACCGCCGUCGUUUUACGUGGAAGUGCCAAAGUUCCUUAAAUGUCUAAUUUGUUGUGAGUUUCCGAUAUACGACUACACAAGCGAAGAGUUUGCGGCGCCCACUAUCAUCACCGAGACCACCAGCAUAUCGAUGGUACAGUCCCAGACAUAGCUACCGGGCGCCGCGCGUGAUGGCGCUGCGGCUAAAUCUUUCAGUAACGGAAAAGCCCAAAACGCACCCAAACAAUUGUGAUACUCGGCUGAGGAGCGUCCUCCAGUUAAAUUGCCAAACUCGUUGCCAUUAAA